CUUAGUCCUGAUCAACAAGCGGAGAUCAGAGAGGCUUUCGACCUGUUCGAUACGGAUCAAGAUGAGGCGAUAGAUUAUCAUGAGUUGAAAGUCGCCAUGCGAGCUUUGGGUUUUGAUGCGAAGAAAGUGGAGGUGGUUACUCUUUUGAAGGAGUAUGGAGGAGAGGAUGGGUUGUUAGGUUGGAAUGCGUUUUUAAAGAUUAUGACGGAGAAAAUCCUCAGUCGAGAUCCUAAAGUCGAUCUCAAACGUGCCUUUUCUCUAUUCGACGAUGACAAAACUGGAAAGAUAUCAUUGAAAAAUCUCAAAAGAGUGGCUCGUGAGCUUGGAGAGAAUCUGGGAGAAGAGGAAUUACAAGCCAUGAUCGACGAAUUUGACCUGGAUAACGACGGCGAAAUCAGUUUGGACGAGUUCAUGGCCAUCAUGACGGAUGGUGAAUGA